AUGGGUUGGUUGAUUUUCAAAGACAAACAUACUAAUAAAUAUAUAAUUUUAAUUUCCAAAAAUAUCCCUUUCACAGCGGUGGUGUUGCUGAUUUUACGGAAGAGAAGAGAGAAGAAGAAGGGUAAGGAUGAAGAUGGUGUAUUUUCAGUGCUGAAUUUGAAGGUUUUUUCUUACAAAGAACUUCACACAGUGACAAGGGGUUUCUCAGACAAACUUGGGCAUGGUGGAUUCGGGACAGUUUUUCAAGGAGAGUUAUCAGAUGCAACUAUUGUUGCAGUGAAACGCCUUGAAAGGCCUGGAAGUGGAGAAAAGGAGUUCAGGGCAGAGGUUUGCACUAUUGGGAACAUUCAACAUGUUAAUCUAGUGAGACUUAGAGGUUUUUGCUCAGAGAAUUCUCACAGACUAUUGGUUUAUGAUUACAUGCCAAAUGGUCCUUUGAGUUCUUAUUUACGCCAAGGUAGUCCUAAUAUAAGCUGGGAUAUUAGAUUUCGGAUAGCCAUUGGUACGGCUAGAGGUAUUGCAUACUUACAUGAGGAAUGCAGAGACUGCAUCAUCCAUUGUGAUAUCAAACCGGAAAACAUUCUUUUGGAUAGUGAUUACACAGCCAAGGUAUCAGAUUUUGGACUAGCAAAGUUAAUUGGUCGGGACUUUAGCCGAGUAUUGGCCACAAUGAGGGGCACUUGGGGCUAUGUAGCACCGGAAUGGAUAUCUGGAUUGGCAAUUACAGCAAAAGCUGAUGUUUAUAGCUAUGGAAUGACAUUGUUAGAGUUAAUAGGAGGUCGCAGAAACGUUGAGGCACCAGCUUCUGGAGGCAAUGGUAAUGUUGAUGGUGGUGGUGGAGCUGAAUAUGGGGAAAAAUGGUUUUUCCCUCCAUGGGCAGCACGGCAAAUAAUUGAGGGCAAUGUGGCAGCAAUCGUGGAUGAUAGACUAGGUGGAGUUUAUAAUGUUGAGGAGGCAGAGCGUGUUGCAUUGGUGGCAAUUUGGUGCAUACAAGAUAACGAGGAAAUGAGGCCUACAAUGGGGAUGGUGGUUAAGAUGUUGGAGGGAGUAGUGGAGGUGACCACUCCUCCACCACCAAGACUAAUACAAGCACUUGUUUCCGGGGAGUCAUAUCACGGAAUCAGGAUGGAUUCCAACAAUGGGGCAUCCAUUGCUGGUGACUGUUCUGGCAAUAUAAGAGUAUCAACUGGAGGUUCACAUUCAUCUUCUGGAAAUGUCUCUUCCCCAAUGAAUGUUUUAACUGACAAAUUUGUCGGGAAAACUGAUGAGAAAAGCCAAGACUUCAUUAAAGCAGCAAAAAUUGGGAACCAUAAGGAAAAUGAAGAACUUACGGCAGAGGGGAACACAAGUUGUUCAUCCUCCACUGAUGAUUCAUCACCUAUAAUGAGGCAUUUAAAGGGAUCAAAAGUAUCCACCAUUGAUGGCAUCGAUAUCUGGGACACAGCUGAUCUCCAUCAUGCUCCUACCUCGUUGCUUGCUUCCCAUGAGGCUGAUUACCCUCCUGUUCAUAACUUUCAAGACGCAAAAUAUAUAUGUUUUGUUGAGUCCAACAAGCUAUGGGCCAUUGCUGCUCCUAUUGCUUUCAACAUUUUGUGCAAUUAUGGGAUUAACUCAUUUACCAAUAUCUUUGUUGGCCAUAUUGGAGAUAUUGAGUUAUCUGCAGUUUCAAUUGCUUUAUCUGUCGUUUCAAAUUUCUCCUUUGGAUUCUUGCUUGGCAUGGGAAGCGCACUUGAGACGCUAUGUGGACAAGCAUUUGGCGCGGGGCAAGUACAAUUACUAGGUGUAUACAUGCAACGUUCAUGGAUAAUCCUUUUUGUUGCCUGCUUCCUCCUAAUGCCACUUUUCAUAUUGGCAACACCAAUCUUAAAGCUUCUUGGGCAACGAGAUGACAUUGCAGAACUUGCUGGGACAUAUACUAUUCAAGUAAUGCCUCAAAUGUUUUCAUUAGCCUUCAAUUUCCCAACCCAAAAAUUCUUGCAGGCACAAAGCAAAGUUGGUGUUCUAGCAUGGAUUGGUUUUGUAGCUUUGAUUGGGCACAUUGGUUUAUUGUUUCUGUUUAUACAUGUGUUUGAUUGGGGAACUGCUGGAGCUGCUGCUGCUUAUGACAUAUCAGCUUGGGGGAUAUCGAUUGGUCAGAUUAUUUAUGUGGUUGGUUGGUGUAAAGAUGGGUGGAAAGGAUUGUCUUGGUUGGCCUUUAAAGAUAUGUGGGGAUUUGUAAGACUGUCUAUAGCUUCAGCUGUUAUGCUUUGCCUUGAGUUUUGGUAUUUUAUGACCAUAAUUGUUCUCACUGGUCAUCUUGAUGAUCCAGUUAUCGCCGUUGGUUCUCUUUCUAUAUGUAUGAACAUCAAUGGGUGGGAAGGCGUGUUUUUUAUUGGAGUCAACGCAGCUAUAAGCGUACGGGUGUCUAAUGAGCUUGGAUCAGGACAUCCCAGAGCUGCAAAAUACUCUGUGGUUGUCACAGUCUUGCAAUCUCUUCUUGUUGGGAUUAUUGCUGCAACUAUUAUCAUGGCAACAAGACACCAGUUUUCCAUUAUCUUCACAGACAGCCAACAGAUGCAAAAAGCUGUGUCUAACUUAGCUUACCUACUUGGUAUAACCAUGGUGCUAAACAGUGUCCAGCCUGUUAUAUCUGGAGUUGCUGUGGGUGGAGGGUGGCAAGCUUUGGUGGCUUAUAUAAACUUGUUUUGCUAUUACGUUGUUGGGCUCCCUCUUGGGUUUCUUCUCGGUUACAAGAUGGAAUAUGGAGUGCAGGGAAUUUGGGUUGGCAUGAUUUGUGGGACUUUUCUGCAGACAAUGAUCCUGGUGUACAUCAUUUACAAAACCAACUGGAAUAAGGAGGUUGAACAAACAUAUGAACGAAUGCGGAAUUUGGGAGGAUUGCAGCAAAGAUUUGAUGGGUAG